AUGUCGCGCCAGCUCCAGCCCGAGCAGUUGCUGACGCCCGUACCGUCCGACAUUGCAGUUAGCGACGCUAUCGCGCCGUUGCCCAUCACGGAAAUUGCCCAAGCCGCCGGAAUUUUACCCAUAGAGGUGGUGCCGUAUGGCUCGACCAAGGCAAAGAUCUCUCUGGACGUGCGUGACCGCCUCAAGGAACAGCCCAAUGGGAACUAUGUCGUAGUCACAGGUAUCACCCCCACGCCCCUAGGUGAAGGCAAGAGCACUACCACGAUCGGACUGUGCCAAGCUCUGGGUGCCCACCUCAACAAGAAGGCAUUCGCUUGCAUCCGUCAACCCUCUCAGGGUCCGACGUUCGGAGUCAAGGGUGGUGCUGCCGGUGGAGGCUACGCACAGGUCAUCCCUAUGGACGAGUUCAACCUCCACCUGACGGGAGAUAUCCACGCUAUCACAGCUGCCAACAACUUGUUGGCUGCUGCUAUUGACACUCGCAUGUUCCAUGAGAACGCACAGAGUGACAAAGCGCUGUUCCGUCGUCUGUGUCCGACAGCUAAGGACGGCUCCCGAAAGUUCUCUCCAGUCAUGCUCAAGCGUCUUCAGAAACUGGGCAUCACCAAAGUGUCGCCCGACGAUCUAACAGACGAGGAAAUCCACAAGUUCGCGCGUCUAGACAUCGACCCCGACACGAUCACGUGGCAACGUGUGUUGGAUACAUGCGACCGAUUCCUCCGUCAAGUUGUUGUGGGUGCCGGACCCGCCGAGAAGGGUCAGACACGCACAACUGGCUUUGAUAUCACCGUAGCUAGCGAGAUCAUGGCCAUCUUGGCGCUUACGACGACUCUGGCAGACAUGCGUGAGCGUCUGGGACGCAUUGUCAUCGGCAUGAGUCGCAGUGGUGAGCCAGUGACAGCUGACGAUCUCGGUGUUGGUGGCGCUCUGGCUGUGCUUAUGAAAGAUGCCAUUCUCCCCACUCUCAUGCAGACCGUGGAAGGAACCCCCGUCUUCGUGCACGCUGGACCGUUCGCUAAUAUCGCUCACGGCAACUCGUCUAUUAUCGCGGACCAGAUUGCACUGAAAUUGGCAGGUGAAGAUGGCUUCGUGGUCACCGAGUGUGGCUUUGGUGCCGAUAUCGGCAUGGAAAAGUUCUUCAACAUCAAGUGUCGUACCAGUGGCCUGACCCCGCAGUGUGUGGUGCUUGUCUCCACUAUACGCGCACUCAAGAUGCACGGUGGUGGCCCCAAUGUGGUCGCCGGCCAACCGCUGCACCCGGUAUAUGUCGACGAGAACUUGGACAUGUUGGAGAAUGGUUGCGCUAAUAUGCAACACCAUAUUCGCAACGCUCUGAAGUUCGGUGUGGCUGUCGUUGUGGCUGUGAAUGUGUUCGCCACGGACUCGCCUCGUGAAGUGGAGCUUGUGAAGCAGAAGGCUCUGGAGGCUGGAGCCACUGCUGCGGUGGAGAGCACGCACUGGUCUGAAGGUGGCAAGGGAGCCAAGAACUUGGGACGCGCUGUUGUGUCUUCAUGCGAGAAGAUGCGUGCGCAGGGCAGUCCGUUCAAGUUCCUGUACCCAUUGGAGUUCAGCAUCCCCGAGAAGUUCGAAGUCAUCUGCAAGGAGAUUUACGGUGCUAACGGCGUCGAGUUUAGCGAGGAAGCCAAGAAGAAACUGGCAGUCUACUCGCAGCGAGGUUACGGCAAGUUGCCUGUGUGUUGUGCUAAGACUCACCUGAGUUUGAGCACGGACCCGAAGGCGAAGGGUGUGCCCACGGGUUUCUCUGUCACUGUGCGUGACAUCCGCGCGUCUGUAGGGGCUGGCUUCGUCUACCUGCUGUGUGGUGACAUGAUGACAGUCCCCGCCCUCCCCACUCGUCCAGGCUUCUACGACGUCGACCUGGACACCGAGACUGGCAAAGUGAUUGGUCUGUUCUAA